CCUUCCUCUUCCAAGUGACGAUUCAAAACAAAGCCGAGAUUGAAAGAAACCGCCAUAGACAAUGGCGGCUAAGGCAGCUUCGUCUUCCAGCCUCCCCAAAUCUGGAGCCAUCUCCAAAGGCUACAAUUUCGCUUCUACUUGGGAACAGAGCGCUCCUUUGACAGAGCAGCAACAAGCAGCUAUUGUUUCUUUAUCCCACGCAGUCGCUGAGCGGCCAUUUCCUGCCAAUCUUGUACAUGAGCAUGUUCACAGGCCCGAGAAUGGAUUGUCUGUCUCAGUAGAGGACACACAUUUGGGGGAUUCUGGAGCAAUUGAAGCUGUUUUGGUUAAUACCAAUCAGUUCUACAAAUGGUUUACUGAUCUUGAAUCAGCGAUGAAGUCUGAGACAGAGGAAAAGUAUCGGCACUAUGUCAACACUUUAACUGAGCGCAUCCAGACAUGUGAUGAUAUACUCCACCAGGUUGAUGAAACACUUGACCUAUUUAAUGAACUGCAGCUUCAACAUCAAGGAGUAACAACAAAGACUAAAACUCUUCAUGAUGCAUGUGACCGACUGUUAAUGGAGAAGCAGAAAUUGAUGGAGUUUGCAGAAGCUCUAAGGAGUAAGCUCAACUAUUUUGAUGAAUUGGAGAAUAUAUCCUCUAAUUUUUAUUCACCAAAUAUGAAUGUAUCAAACUCAAACUUUCUCCCACUACUGAAACGUUUGGAUGAGUGCAUAUCGUACAUCGAAGAUAAUCCUCAAUAUGCAGAGUCAAGUGUUUAUUUGCUCAAAUUUCGUCAGCUCCAGUCACGGGCCUUGGGCAUGAUUCGAACUUACAUUCUUGCAGUGCUUAAAACGGCUGCUUCUCAGGUUCAGGCAGCAUUUCGUGGGACAGGUGGAAACAAAACAUCUGUCUCGGAGGGUGUCGAGGCAUCUGUUAUAUAUGUUCGCUUCAAGGCUGCUGCAAAUGAGCUUAAACCUGUAUUGGAGGAGAUUGAGAGUAGGUCAGCAAGAAAGGAAUAUGUUCAAAUCCUUGCAGAAUGCCACAGACUAUACUGUGAACAACGGCUCUCGCUUGUCAAAGGCAUAGUACACCAACGAGUAUCUGAUUUUGCCAAGAAAGAGGCACUGCCAUCGUUGACUAGAUCGGGUUGUGCAUAUCUGAUGCAGGUUUGUCAUAUGGAGCAUCAACUGUUUACUCAUUUCUUUCCAGCAUCAUCAGAAGAAGUUUCGAGUCUGGCACCUUUAGUGGAUCCUUUGUCUACGUACUUGUAUGACAUUUUACGCCCAAAACUGAUUCACGAAGCAAAUAUUGAUCUUCUAUGUGAGCUCGUUCAUAUCCUUAAAGUUGAAGUCUUGGGGGACCAGUCAGCUAGACAAAGUGAACCACUGGCCGGACUGAGGCCUACAUUACAAAGAAUUUUGGCCGAUGUAAAUGAGAGAUUGACUUUCCGUGCCAGAACAUAUAUUCGAGAUGAGAUUGCAAAUUAUAUCCCCUCGGAUGAAGAUCUGGAUUAUCCUGCAAAGCUGGAAGGAUCUCCUAAUACAACACCUGAAACUGAUCUCGGGGAUGAUGAAAACGCUGAUGUGUUUAAGACUUGGUAUCCACCUCUGGAAAAGACUCUCUCUUGUCUAUCUAAAUUAUAUCGUUGCUUGGAGCCUGCCGUCUUCACCGGACUAGCACAGGAAGCUGUAGAAGUUUGCUCACUCUCAAUUCAAAAAGCGAGCAAGCUUAUCAUUAAGCGAUCAACUACAAUGGAUGGACAGCUUUUCCUUAUCAAGCAUCUCCUUAUCUUGAGAGAACAGAUUGCCCCUUUUGACAUAGAAUUUUCAGUCACCCACAAAGAGCUUGAUUUCUCUCAUUUGCUGGAACACUUGAGGAGGAUACUUAGAGGUCAAGCGUCACUUUUUGACUGGUCUAGGUCAACCUCUCUAGCAAGGACCCUGUCACCUCGAGUUUUGGAGAGUCAAAUAGAUGCCAAGAAGGAACUGGAAAAAUGUCUUAAAACAACUUGUGAGGAGUUCAUCAUGUCAGUAACUAAGCUAGUUGUGGAUCCUAUGCUUUCAUUUGUGACCAAGGUCACAGCCAUAAAAGUUGCUCUUUCCUCCGGAACUCAGAAUCAAAAAGUUGAUUCUGUCAUGUCUAAGCCGCUGAAGGAACAAGCUUUCGCGACACCAGAUAAGGUGGCUGAACUUGUUCAAAAGGUAUACGCUGCCAUACAGCAAGAGUUGCUUCCGAUUUUAGCAAAAAUGAAACUCUAUUUGCAAAACCCAUCAACAAGGACCAUACUUUUCAAGCCGAUCAAGACAAAUAUUGUGGAAGCUCAUACACAAGUGGCGUCUUUGCUCAAAGCCGAGUACUCAGCUGAAGAACAAGCCAAUAUCAAUAUGAUCUCCAUUCAGGAUUUGCAAACCCAGCUUGACAAUUUCCUUUAAGGUUUAUAUCAAUCGAUGUUUUUGAUGUCCGUACUUCCUCGGUUUAUAUCUUAUAUAAAGACUACUUUACAAGAGUUCGCUUUAGAAGAUAAUACAUAUUAUUUUGUAUC